AUGGAUUUUGCACCAUCUCUUCGGCUUAAUAAUGGCAUUGACAUUCCACAACUAGCCUUUGGCACCUCGGAUGACUCGAGGGAAGCUGUUCAAAAAGCUGUUGAAGUGGCCAUCGAAACGGGUUUCCGUCAUAUUGAUAGUGCCAUGUUUUAUGGCGUUGAAAAGGAAGUGGGUUUGGCUGUUGCAGAUGCCAUUAGGAAACACAAUCUCAAAAGAGAAGACUUCUUUAUUACAUCGAAGCUUUGGUGUGACAGCCACGCUCCCGAUAUUGUUCGUAAAACUUGUGAACAAUCGCUUAAAAAUUUCGGUUUAACUUACUUGGAUCUUUAUCUUAUUCAUUGGCCUGUAUCGUUUCAUUUGAAAGAUGGUGCCAAUUAUGAUCUUAUGGAUUCCAGUGCAUUGGCUUAUGAAUACCACAAACUAGAGGACACUUGGAAGGCCAUGGAGGAACUUGUUCAUGUUGGACUUGUAAAAUCCAUCGGUGUAUCAAAUUUCAAUAAACGACAACUUGAGAGAAUUCUAGCUGCAGGAACUAUUCCACCUGCCGUUAAUCAAGUUGAAGUUAAUCUUCAUUGCCUCAAUGCCAAGUUGAUUGAAUUUUGUCAUUCGAAAGGGAUACAAGUAGCUGCUUAUGCGCCACUUGGUGCGACGGGUCCAAUGAAAGAUGAAUUGGGAUCGCCAAUGGAUCUCGAAUGUGUCAUUGAUAUCGCGAAAAGACAUAACAAGACGCCAGCCCAGGUUCUUUUACGCCAUGCUUUUCAAAGAAAUCUCGUGGUUAUUUCGAAAAGUAUUACUCCUGAGCGCAUUAAAUCUAAUUACAUGAUUUUAGAUUUUGAACUUAGCAAUGAUGAAAUGGACGUUCUGCGUAAGGCCGGAGUGAAUAGACGCUACUUCGAAGUGCUUGCAUUUAAAGGUCAUCCAGAAUAUCCAUUUCACGAUGACUACUAA